ACCGAGGAUGUCAGAACUUGGGAUUUGUUAUUCCCCCCAAGUGCUUUUGAUAAGAUUGGCAAAAGGGUACCUUUGAAGAUCAAAGUUGCAUGCAUUUUCAGUUUCAGCAGCCACUCACUGGGCUGAAUCAACCAUGUUUGCAACUACGAAGUCCUCAACUUUCUCACCUCUAUUUUCUUUCCGUAGAACCUUUGCUCCUUCCAAAUCCAAACUCUUGAAUUUCAUUCCCAUGAAGCAAUCAUUUUCCCCGACCCACUUGGCCUUAGGCUUAUCUAAUCCACGCAGAACCCUUUGUGCGUCUUGUAGCUCCCCAUCACAAGAUGCAUCCCAGAAAUCAUCAAUUCAGGGUGGUGAAGCUUUUCUCAGGGGGGUGUUGGAAAGUAUGCAAUCCGUUUACUUAAACAGAAAUCCUACUGCGAAGGCCAUAUUGGACCUUGUUCACUCUGUUGAGAACGACUCAUUAUGCUAUGAUCAUCUUGCAUUCAGGACAUUUGGGGUGAAUGGUUAUGGAAUUGAUUCCAUGGCUAGUUUUUUUCUGGAUUAUGGCUAUACAAAACGGGAGGAAUUGAGGUUUCCAGCCAAAAAGUUGAGGGCAUUCUGGUUUUCUCCUCCUGCUGAUUCACUAGAUAGCAGUGGCAGUGGUAUUAAUGGGCCUUUGCCAAGAAUAUUUAUAUCAGAGCUACUGGUAGAUCAGAUGAGUCCACAAACUCAGGAAAUAAUUAGAAAAUACACUGAAUCAUCCGGUGAUGGAAACAAGUAUGCAGCUCUGGCAAGUUCCCUCGGACAUUUAACAUGGGAAAAGCCCUUAUAUUCUGAGUUUCAACAAUUGGCAAGUGAAAGCGAGUAUGCUGCCUGGACCCUAGUCAAUGGAUAUGCGCUGAACCAUGUUACUAUAUCUACUCAUCGGCUGAAAACUCAUUUGAGGGACAUAAAAAAACUAAAUCAGUUUAUUGAGGAUAGUGGAUUCAGAUUAAAUUCAGAAGGAGGAGUACUGAAAGUGAGCCCUGAUGGUCUUCUCCAGCAAAGUUCAACUGUAGCAGAUUCAAUUUCUUUCCAAUUUUCUGACGGCAUAACGGAAUCAGUUCCAUGCUCAUACAUCGAAUUUGCUGAGCGUCUGGUGCUGCCACAAUAUAAAAAUUUACCUGAUGCAGAGGUGAAAGAGUUCCAUAGAAGGGAUGGUUUUGAGGUAGCAAGUGCUGACAAGAUCUUUGAAAGCACAUCCAAGGAGCAGUUGAGCAGAGUAGGUUCAUAAGAGACUCAUCUCAUUACCAUGAAUGAGAACACGCCCUUUAUUCCCCGAAGGGAAAAAUGUAACACUUUAUAUCCAAUUAUAUUCUGGAAGUUUGAAUUUAAUACACUUCCAAUCAUGUGAAUGCUGCAAAAUCAAAUUUGGUUGAUUAAAUUAAAAAAAUGGUUACCAUACACACAUAUAUAAUAAGCUAUCUUUUUCCUC